CAUAACUUUUCAUAUUUUUAGUGGUUCAAAUUUUUGGCAUUAAAGUUUGUGGUAUUGACAAUUUGGUCCCUUAAAUUAUUAACAUUUGUGUAAGGAUAAGGAUGGCCGGUGAUAUGUGUCAUUCCCACGCCUUCCCCACCGGUUCUGCCUCGGUUCCUGUGUUUCCCACAAAAUUUUUUCUGGAUCCCUCCAUUUCUGAACGACACUUCUAAACACAACCACCACAUCUCCACCGCUUUCCGCUUCCCGUUUUCUACUUGCUCCAGGUUUCCAUCUGUGUCUUCUUUCUAGAAAGUGAUCAGACAUGUUAACAAUGUAAAGCCUCUUUAUCUUCCCUCACUGCCUCUCUCAUCAGGUAUCUUCCAGUAUGUUCUCCAUUUUGUUUGCCUCCUCUCAAGCGACGACGAACGUCUCCUUCCUCUUUGCACACAACGCUGAACCGGUUCCCUCCGAAAGCCACCGCCUCUGUCGCUGCCGCCUCAAGCAGAGCUACUGACCUCCGCCUCUCCUACUUCAGCGCCGACUUUUUUGAUUUUGCCAUCUACUGAAACGAAAGAGAUUUUGGGAAGUAUUGAUUUUCUCUCUCUCAAACGAAAUCCAUGGAUUACCGCUGCUCACGUGAAAAGCUGAAAACAGCAGCACGCACCGCCACCCAACCGCGCUGCACUGGGCCACGAUAUCUCCACCUACUCAGCCACCAUCGCUGCUACAUCUGUAACUCCCUAGCUCUCAUCGGUAUAGAAACCCUAAAAGAGCACCACCGAGGUAGAAGGUUCUCUCCAGUCAACAAAUCGGUCCUAUUAAAUCUUAGGAACUACUAUUGCACGGUAUGUGUUUGCUGA